AUGUUGGCUGCUUUGGCGUGCGAGUUGAACCACGACUUAUAUCAUUUCGAUAUCGAGCAAGCUAUUGAGCAUUCAGAGUUGGGGGAAGACGUGUACAUGCGUUUGCCGCAGGGAUGUGGAGCUCUAUCUGGAAUGAUUGUAAAACUAGGCAAGAGUCUGUUGACGAUUUCUCAGCAGACUUUCACGGAUGAGUUAGCAGCAGAAUAUGGAGUAGUGGGAGGUAGGAGCGUUCCGAUGUCUUCGGGUGUGAAGCUUUCUGAUUUUGAUGCGGAUGAGGUGGCGACAGAGUUUCCGUUUCGUGAGCUGGUAGGAUCGUUGAUGUGGCUGGCGACUCAGACUAGACCAGACAUUGCGAAUGCAGUAAGGGCAGUAGCUAGGUAUUGCGCAUCUCCGAAGCUGGUACACUGGAAUGCAGCGAUGGAUAUUUUGGGCUAUGCGAGGAGGACGAGUCACUUUGGUAUUUCGUUUCAGAGAGGUACGGUAGAGGGAUUCAGCUUGCAGGGAUACGCUGAUGCGGACUUUGCAAGCAAGGCAGCAGACCGUAGGUCGGUAUCAGGGGGGAUCGUGACGUGUGGAGGAGGCGCUGUGUCUUGGUUUUCCAGAACGCAAAAAUGCGUCACGCUUUCGACGACAGAAGCAGAGUACGUCGCGCUAGGCGACGUAGUGAAGGAGAUUUUGUUUUUGAGGCAGAUUUGGCGUUUCACGUUGCCGCAGGUCGGCAUGCCGUGCAUCCCCGUCUUCGAGGACAUCCAGGGGGUGAUUCAACUAGCGCAGAACCCCAUCUCAAACUCGAACUCGAAGCACAUAAAUGUAAGGCACCAUUUUCUCAGGGAACUGGUAGAGAGGAAGGAAAUUUCGGUCAUUCACGUGCCGUCGCCGUACCAGCGUGCAGACUUCCUUACAAAGAGUUUGUCGAAGGAUGCUUUCGAGUCUCACCGUGAUUUUGUGAUGAAUUUGGCAUGAACAUUUUGUUGUUUUUCUGAUAGGUUGUGUUUUGGUUUUGUUUUGUUUCUCGUUUUGUUUCCCGUUUUCUUUCAUUUCCCGCGCCAAGUAUUUGUUACGCGCGAUGCAGCAUUCAUAUUCCUUUGAAUUGUUUUUCUUUCUCUUAUGUUAUUCUGGUAAAGUCUUGGUGGCAUAUCGUCUGGGAAAGACGUCUUUUGGUUGAGAUAUCGGGUGUUAUCGAAGUUUUCAGUGAGAGACUGUUGCGAGCAGGGGGGAUGUUAGAUAUACUCGCAGCAGUAUCUGGUCGUGAGGAUCCCAGGGGAUACGUGUUGGGAAUUUCGUGUGUAGUAGGGUACCACCGGUGCAGUCACGGGGAUCCUUUUGGCGUGGUUGGUGCGAUGGAGCUUGCGUGCGUGCUGCGCACUUCUUCCCUCUCUCUCUCCACCACCACC